UGGGAAGCAGAGGCGCCCAGCCUGCAGCCCGCGAACUCUGAUCGCGCCGGAGCGCAGCGCUGCCCGCAUGGCGGCGCGGAGGAGUCCCCCGCCGGCGCGGGAGCCGGGGCGACCUGCAGCCUCAACCGCAGCCUGUAUAUGGUGCCUGCAAAGAGAAAGCCCGUCUGGGGGAGCGGAUGGUGCCUCCACUCUGCAAAUCGAGUAUUGUCAUGGGGAGGGGCAUAUGGCUGAUCCACAGUGGAGAAACUUUGCCAGGAUCCUGAGAAGCGACGCAUCUCGAGGAAACGACCAAGUGCACUCCUGGACACUCAUGACCAGUCAGGCCCUGGACACAGCGUGGAGACUGGUGAAGGGGGUGGUGGCGUUGGCCAUGUCCCUGCUCGCGUCCAUCCUCUGUGGCUUCCGGGGGCUGCAUGUGCAGCUGGGUCAGCAGCUCAGAUGGUGGAUCGGCUAUCUGCAGAGGAGGUUCAAGAGGAACCUGAGCGUGGAGGCGGAGGUGGACGUGCUCAGCUACUGCGCCCGGGAGUGGAGAGGCGACGCGCCACGUGCCAAGCUGAUGCGCAAGGCCUACGAGGAGCUCUUCUGGCGGCGGCAUGUCAAGUGUGUGCGUCUCGUGAGGAGGGACAACUACGACGCUCUGCGGUCCGUGCUCUUCCAGAUCUUCAGCCACGGCCUGCCCUUCCCGGCCUGGAUGAGAGAGAAGGACAUCAUCAAGCUCCCUGAGAAGCUGCUCUUCUCACAAGGCUGUAACUGGAUCCAGCAGUACAGCUUUGGUCCUGAGAAAUACACAGGCUCCAACGUGUUUGGGAAAUUACGUAAAUGUGUGGAACUGCUAAAAACUCAGUGGACAGAGUUCAGCGGAAUCAAAGACCAUCACAAGCGAGGCAGCCGGUGUAAUAGCCUCUUCUCGGACACCCUCCUGGAGUGCAAGCUGUAUGAGGCCCUCAAGUUCCUCAUGCUCUACCAGGUCACGGAGGCUUACGAGCUGAUGAAGACCCAGAAGGCGGUGCCCAGCCUCUUCCACCUCCUCUUCUCCCAGGAAACCUCCCUGGACCCUCUGAGCUUCAUGCUCAAUCACCUGAACGCCGUGGGUGACAGCUGCGGGCUGGAGCAGAUCGACAUGUUCAUCCUGGGCUACUCCCUGGAGGUCAAGAUCAAGGUCUUCAGACUGUUCAAGUUCCACUCCAGGGACUUUGAGAUCUGCUACCCAGAGGAGCCGCUCAGGGACUGGCCGGAAGUAGCCCUGCUGACCGAGAAUGACCGCCACUACCACAUCCCCGUCUUCUAGGUCUGGGGGCCGAGCUCUGGUGGAAUGGGCGUGGAGUCCCUUCCCCAAGGCUUCCUCCAGAGCAGUGGUCACCCUUGGUGGGCAGUGGCCUGAGCUUGCUCAGAAGGGCCCUGGGCACACCCUUCGGACCUUGAAGGACACACAGAAGCUUGAUUCACACAAAGAGAAAUUCCCCCAGAGAACCAAACUGAACAGGAGCAGAACCCAGACGGAACGACUCGUGUCUCGAACGUUUACCUUCUUCACCAAGAGCCUCCUCUCGGGCUGACUUAGACUCACUGAAAAGAUCUUUAUUAUUAUCUUUUAUUUUAUUUUUUUAUAAGCAUUACCUUCUCAGGAGUCUUUCUGGGCUCCUGAUUGCUAUGAUGUAGUCUGGAAAGGGCUCAUUUGAUUCCACAGCUGUGUCUGUAUUUAUAGACUCACAGACACCCAUGUACCAUUGUGUAUAUAUGUACAUAAACACAUAUGCACAGGGAAGCAGGACUUUGUAAUGUCCCGUUUCUUUUCUUUCUCUCUGCUUUUCUCUGUGGCUAUUGCAGCUAGGUGGUUGAUUUCCCCUCUGGAUUAAAAGAAAGAUUCUAUACAGGGAA